AUGCCCCCAAAACCGAACGCUAAGGCGACGGCUGUUACUGCAGACAGCGAAGCCACACCUACCCAGCGACGAGACCGCCUAGACGCCUUCAGGCGACGUCUAACGCCACACGUGGUCGACACUGUCCUUCUCGAAUUCUAUUUGAGAUCAAACAACUGGGAAGUGGACGCCGCACACGCAGAGUACCUUCAAGACCGAACGAACCAUCUCGAACUCCUUAGAGGACAGGGCAAUAGGGACGCUGAUGACAGCGAGGCCCAGGGCCUGUUCAAUGCGUCGAUCGUGCCUUGGAAUGAGAAUCCGGAGCAAGAGCGUCGUGAUGCCGCGUACGCGUUCAAUGAGCGUGUUCGAAGUGCCACCAGCAACACUCAGGCACUCAGCAGGACUGAGUCCUCGCUCUGGCUCAACAUCAACCACUGGGACGUCGGCCUUGCACUGCGGAACAUGACCAGUGUCGCUGGAAACCCGGACGGUAUUCGACGGACGCUCGGUCGCCGGUACGACCGCAUGAGGGAAGAGCUUGUUCCUGCAACCAAACAAAGCAAGAAGCACGGUCAGGACAAGACAGCCGAAAAGGAGGCCGAGGACAAGCUACAAGAGCAGAGAGACGAGAGACUGGCCGAGUUUAUAAACAUCACUGGUCGCCCAGAUUGGUAUUCCCUGCUGCUCUUCCUGCAAAAUCGAGGAUACAAUCUCGUGCAAGCAGUGGAGGACUGGUACAACACCGGAGUACCCCCGUUCGACUUUGUCGCAAAGAGUGUGAAACCUGGUACGAGGGUGGGUCUUGACGGCAAGGCUUUACCAAAACCAGACCCUGAAGACUGCAAACCGAGACAGUCGCUCCCGAAGAAGAAGAAGGUCACUGUCCGGAGCUCCGACGACGAUGGAUCCUCUCCGUCACCACCCCCGCCCUCACCUGCCGGCUCUGAUUCCGACCCCGAAGACAACUUCGAUGAUGACCGUGACAAGUUUCUUCCCGGUUCGAGCUCGGGCUCUUCAUCAUCAGCCUCCCCGGAGCCGUCAAGCCCCUCGUCGAAAGAGCGUGAGCGGGUGCAGGGGUACAUCAUUGACGAUUACGUCGAUGCCGCAAAGGCAUGUGCUCCUAACCCACGCCGCUAUCUCCUCGAAUACAUCGCCAAGGGCAAGUACAGAUCAAACCUGUUCGAGAAGCGUGGAGACCACUGGUGGGCUGAAAGAGGCCAGGUAGACCCCGGGGCCGAUUCAGGCAAAGUGCCAUUUGACUGGGACGUCCAAAAGCACAUCAAUAGCUUGAACGCUUGGUGGCGACAAAACCGCAGCCGAGUAGCAGAUGAGAAGAAGCGAGCGGCCUCCCAGAAAUGGUCACAAGAAGAAAACGACUUCCUCUACGCAUUGUCGCAAGAGUUGUUGGACGAGCUGAAGCAGGAAAACCCAGGGAAAUCCGAAGACGACCUUCUGCCUCUGGUCAUACCGACAAAGACCAAAGAUGACUGGGCCAGAAGAUUCAACGAGAAGUUCGUUGGUCAACUGUUGCCAGGGUCCUCUGAACCCAGAAGACCACGCGAGUCGGCCGCCAUGAUGACGCAGCGAGGCCGGUGCAAGGAGAUCAUCGAAAAGUUCAAGGUCCCAGAGGACAAGAUGUACGCGGCUGGCCGCAAGAAGGCCGAAGAAAGACGUGCCGAAAAGGAUAGGGCGAAGGGAAAGGGCAAAGCUGUUGAUGGCAAUGAAGACACCGACAUGUCCGAUGUACAGUCCGUGUCUGACGCCUCGGCUGGCAAAGGUAAAGGCGUUGCUCCACCGUCACCCCAAUCCCCGACCCCCCCCGCCGCUUCUCCUUCUACAAUGUCUGUCUCUCGGGAGUCCAGUCCCAUCGACUGGGACUCUGUUAACUCCGCAGGGCAUUCUGUUAUCAAUGACGCCAACGUGCGUGUCGCGGCAGCUCUGGUGAACGCCGGUAUGACCCCACAAGAUAAUGACUGGGCCGCAGCACUGCGAGACGGCUUGAUUCAAGAAAUUGCGCAAAUGACUGAAGACGGUGGCAUUGUCUCGGUGAUUCGAACGGCAGCCCUAAGGGCGAUCGAGGAACAGUACCAAGGGAUGAUCAACAGCAACCAGCCUAUCGCUCACCCGCGUGGCAACAAACGUGCUGCGAGUGAGGACGAGACCAAUGACGAUGGCGCCCCCGGCCCUUCUAUAGGACCAAAGAGACGAAGAAUGAGCGGCGGUGACGAUGCCGAAGGCUCAUGA